UCUUUGUUGGAAGUAGCUUUGAUGUGUUUAAGGAUAUUUUACGCGACCAGUGCCGGGCAACCGUUUUUUUUUUCUCUGGCUUUUCAGCAGCACCACCAUGAAAGACCAAUUGUGUAGGAGAAACGGUUGCUUGCGUGGCUAAACUCAAGUCGGUUGAGCUUGAAUAACCGAUGUUUGUAACGUCAAGCUUACUAAUCCCUCUCCUGUUAUCAUUAUGUCCCAGUUUGACAAUAUUACCCCGGGCUAUUAUAGCCUGACUUCAGUAAAUGACAGCAGCCAGGUAACUGUCAGGUAACCGCGCCAGUCCCCGUUCACUGCUAUUGCUCUCUAAUAACGCCCUACGUUUCGCCCCGUCCUCUAUUUAGCUGCAGACUAAUUCUUGUAAUAUGAUUAACAUCAGUGAAAUUUAGACCAUUUUCGCUUGCAGGUCUUGUGAAUGACAGUGCUGUGUGCACCAAAUCAGGACGGUGUGUUCAUCAUCUAAUCACUGGAAACAGGCAGGGUCAAAUAGAGACAAGAGUUUCUCCUCUAAUCGAGACCUAAAGAGAGGGAGGUGAUGGUGACUAAACCAGCUGUAAUUGUGGCCCCCACAUUUCCCCAUAAAAUGAAACAGAAACACAAGCUAAUCAUUCAUAUCAUUCAUCCUUCAAACUCAGGUGACAGCAAGUUACCCACAUUGCAGCUCCAGGGAAGCAGCAGCAAAUCAUCGUUUGGUAGAGGAGUUUGAGCUGCAGUGCAGGCAAGAGGGUGGGAGAUUGUCCACUGCAGGGGCCAUGUAUCAAGGGUGAGGGGGGGGGGGGGAUUAACUGCGAGACACACACAAUAUCGGGUGAGGAAGAGUUCAGGGCCGGUCAGUGUGGAGAUGAAGCUCAAACAGCGCAUGGUGUUGCUGUGUGCCGUGCUCCUCCUGCUGGGCCUGGCCAAGAUCUUCCUGCUGGACGGUGGUGAAGGAUCUGCUGCAAGCCGACGGGAUCUCCGAGCGUUUCGUAAGAUGGAAGCUGGCCUUUCUCUGCCUCGAGGUGCUCGCCUCACCCACACCCUCCAAUCUCCUUGGGAGAUAGCAAGCCAGUGGGUGGGCCCCAGAGAGGUGUACCCCGAGGAGACCCCUGAACUGGCUGCUGUGCUCACCGCCCUGAGCACCGCCAGGAUAGAACGUGCAGACGUAGGUUAUAAGGGCACACAACUCAAAGCCUUGCUGGUGUUAGAUGGAGGACAGAAAGUUGUCUUCAAACCCAAGAGAUACAGCAGAGACUAUGUGGUUGAGGGAGAACCAUAUGCAGGUUACGACAGACACAAUGCAGAGGUUGCUGCUUUUCACUUGGACAGAAUCCUCGGGUUCAGGAGAGCACCUCUGGUGGUGGGUCGAUACGUCAACCUGCGAACAGAGAUCAAGCCUGUGGCCACUGACCAGCUGUUGAGCACUUUCCUCUCACAGGGUAAUAAUACAUGUUUCUAUGGAAAGUGUUACUACUGUCGGGAGACGGAGCCAGCUUGUGCAGAGGGAGAAAUAAUGGAGGGCUCUUUAACUCUUUGGCUGCCAGAUGUGUGGCCAUUGCAAAAACACAGACACCCAUGGGGACGUACAUACAGAGAAGGGAAACUGGCCAGGUGGGAAUAUGACGAAAGUUACUGUGAGGCGGUAAAGAAAAUGCCCCCAUAUGACGCAGGGCCGAGGCUGCUUGAUGUCAUCGACACGGCUGUUUUUGACUAUCUCAUUGGAAAUGCCGAUCGACAUCAUUACGAGAGCUUCCAGGACGAUGGAGGCGCCAGCAUGCUGAUCCUGCUCGACAAUGCAAAGAGCUUUGGGAACGCUGCUCUGGAUGAGCGAAGCAUCUUGGCACCACUUUAUCAGUGCUGCAUGAUUCGUGUGUCCACAUGGAACAGAUUAAACUUGCUGAAAGGUGGAGCUCUAAGUUCAGCUAUGCGGCAAGCUCUCGCAUUCGAUCCGAUUUACCCUGUCCUGGCUGAACCGCACCUUGCAGCUCUUGAUAGGCGUCUUUCUGGAGUCAUAGCAACUGUGAAGCAGUGCAUGGAGUCACAAGGCCCAGACAAUGCUCUAAUAGAGGACCGAAUGAACCUCCCGCAUCCUUAGACACAAUCUGCCCUGUCCUGGAGAAGCAGGGGGCAAAUCAGCCUUGUGACUAGACAAGGAGCUGCAUAGUGAGUAAAUGAAUGGACAAGGUGGACCAAAGACUGCGUCCUUCAUCCUUUGCUCCUUCAUGGUUACUCUGGCCAGACUGGAGUAGUUUUUGAAUAACAGGACUUAAAAUUUUGUAAAUGUGACACCUUUAAUUAUAAACUUUCUCUCAGGACUGUUUGCACUUAAGGACAGCAUUCAUUGUUAGAACUGUUUGUCUAUGACUACUGGUUUUGAUGGUACCCCAUUUGUGCCAAACCCUCCCUUCGGGUAGUGCUUUUCCAUAGGAUUUGAAAGAGGAGGACAGAGUUCAUAGAGAUAAACUAAAGAAAGUGAGAAAAUUCAAAAUGAGCCACUGGUGACUCAGCGUAUGACACUGCAGCCAUGUUGCUAUCUGGAGCUUACACCCAAGAAACUGAACAGACACUUCCUUGAAUUGACAAGGAAUUUAAAUUUAUUUUGACAUUAAAAAGGUUUUAUUUCCUUGAACUGAGGUGUAACCUUUCAAAGGACCAGCGAAUCGUCUCAGCUUCAUCCUUCCCUGUACAUAUUUAUCUAAGUAGUUAUAUAGAAUUAUAAGAUGGCAGAGUAUAAAUUUGUGGAUUAUAAAAUUAAAUAAAACAAAAGUGUGUGUGUGUGUGUGUGGGGAGGAGAUGGGGGGUGUAUGCAUGCGCGAGUGCAUUUGAACGAGUGCCAUAUUGUGCCGUAAAUAAAGAAGCUACUGUCAUGACUGACUUGAAGUUUGGAGGGGGACUGAUGUUGGUUAUGUGGGUUCAUCUUCAACAUUAAACCGUGGUCUAUUUAA